AUGAGCUAAUAAAUUCAAAAAAAAUAAUUGCAAAUCCUUUCUAAAUCAAAAUUAGCUAAAAUAAAAGAUGGAAAUGAAGAAGAGAACAUUUUUAAAUCUUAUAUUUAAUUACAUACUGAAUAAAGAGCUAAUUAUCAUAGAGACAUUCGUGAUUAAUAAUUAAAGUAAAGAAAAGAGUUCGAAAGAUUAUGUCAAUCCCUUAAAAAAAAUGAUGUGUCUACACGGUUUAAUAAAAAACGAUUGUCAUAAUCAGUUUAAUAAAGUCCAUAAAUAAAAGUUUCCUUCUAAACACCUUUGUUAAAGAAAGCACAUCGAAAAUUUUAAAAAACACCAUUUCCUAAACAAUGA